GUGACUAGCCAAGAUACGAUGCACCCUGGUGGUCGACUGGUAUUCGAGAUGCAUAGCUAUUAAUCCGUGGAUGUAGAGCGUGAAAUGAAGCGUUCAGGCUAAAGUAAAGCAGUAUUGGUAUAUAGGGGCUGCGAUCGCGGGCCGCGUUCAGUCGCCAGUCGUUUCUCUACCGCUGGGGACUUCAAGCGCGCGCGUGUCCGCGCCGGCGAGUUCCCUAUCGGACUUUAUAAAGGAAUUUCUAUGUGAUGUUAGUAAACAAUAAGUGUAUAAAUAAAAAGCGAGUGUUGAACAUUUAUUCAUUCUCGCUGUGAACUUAAUUUGGUAAUCAUGUCUCUUCCGGGUGUUUUCCUUUUUUCACACUACGUCGAAAGCUUUUGGAGUAGUCCUCCUCCACUAGUGGACUGGUCGGGGGUGCCUACACUGGUGUUGGUGUUGGUCGCAGUGCUGAUGGCGGCGACUGCCCUGCUGGGGCGGCAGCCAGACCGCAAGCAGAUACGGCUACCCGGCCCUCCCGCACUGCCGCUGCUCGGCACGAGGUGGCUCUUCUGGAGUCGGUACAGGAUGAAUAAACUGCAUGAAGCUUAUGAAGACAUGUUCAGGCGGUACGGGCCGAUCUUCGCGGAGACGACGCCAGGGGGCGCGGUGGUGGUGUCGAUAGCUGAGCGCGCGGCGCUCGAGGCUGUGCUGCGGAACUCCAACAAGAAACCCUACCGGCCACCAACAGAGAUCGUGCAGGUCUACCGCAAGAGCAGGCCCGACAGAUAUGCCACCACUGGACUUGUUAAUGAACAAGGCGAUAACUGGGUGCACUUACGCCGACACCUGACUUCGGAGAUCACGAGCCCUCACACGAUGCAGGGCUUCUUGCCGCAGCUGAACUGCAUCUGUGACGACUUCAUCCACCUCCUUAACUCCUGCCGCAGGCCUGAUGGUACGGUCUACGGCUUCGAGCAGCUCACCAAUAGAAUGGGACUCGAAUCUGUAUGCGGUCUAAUGCUAGGCACGCGGCUCGGGUUCCUUGAGCGCUGGAUGUCUGGGCGGGCGGCGGCGCUAGCGGCAGCAGUCAAGGCGCACUUCAGGGCCCAGCGGGACUCCUACUACGGUGCACCUCUGUGGAAGUUCGCCCCCACAAAUCUGUACAGGACCUUUGUAAAGAGCGAAGAGACCAUACAUAUGAUAAUAUCCGAGCUGAUGGAUGAGGCGAUGUCGCGGACGAACGGCGCGGCGCAGGACGACGGCAUGCGGGAGAUCUUCCUCAAUAUCCUCGCCAACCCGGAGCUCGAUACCCGCGAUAAGAAGGCCGCUGUUAUUGACUUCAUCACUGCCGGCAUUGAGACGUUAGCAAACAGCCUCGUGUUCCUGCUGUACCUAUUGAGCGGACGUCCAGACUGGCAGGAGAGGAUCCGCUCCGAGCUGCCGGUCACCAAGCGACUCGACCUGGAGGACCUCUCCGCCGCUACUUCUAUACGUGACGCUACCAAGGAGGCUUUUCGAUUGCUGCCAACUGCACCGUUUCUAGCUCGUCUACUCGACAAGCCUAUGAAUGUCGCCGGACAUAGGUUGGAUGCUGGUACAUUUGUGUUGGCGCACACGGGCGCGGCGUGCCGGCGCGAGGAGAACUUCUGCCGCGCGCGCGAGUUCCUGCCGGAGCGCUGGGCGGGCGGGCUGGAGCCGCACUCGCCGGGCCUCGUGGCGCCCUUCGGCCGCGGCCGCCGCAUGUGCCCCGGGAAACGAUUCGUUGAACUAGAACUACAUCUGCUGUUGGCCAAGAUAAUGCAACACUGGCGGGUCGAAUUUGACGGCGAGCUGGACAUCCAGUUCGACUUUCUGCUGUCUCCUAAGUCCCCGGUCUCGCUGCGACUCGUCGAGUGGUAGACUUAAAUCCCAUUUCCACUUAACGGUUUGCAGCAUGACCAUAGUUCCGCUACUAGCCGCUAAGUGGAAACAUGCACAGAUCUUGCAGGGUGACCUUUACACCUAUUAAAAUUUCUUAUUUCAUACAUCGUAACUUUCAUCCAAUAAUCCUAUCUAUUUUUGUGACACAUUUUUAACCUGUGUACUGAGCUUUACCCUUUUAUACACCAUUAGCAGUCGUCUGCGCAUCAAGUGUUACGUUUUAUUCUCCGUCAAUAUUACUAUUACCUGGCAUAAUUUGCUUUGUAAAUAUUGUUCUUCAUUGUCAAAAGAAUUGGUUUGCAGAUGACUGUAACAUAGUCCCUUCUGAUUAUAACAGGCCCUCAGAAUAGUGCCGUAAGUCGAAUAUAUUGCUAUAUUGGUGAAUGUAAUUUUUUUGAUAGAUUGCAUUAUAAUUAUCAUUAGUUUUGAUUUUAUUGAUAACAGAUUUUCACAUACAAACAAGUAUAUCUGGGUCGGUGAGAAGUGGUAUCGCAGUUCUCACCUAUUUUUUUUAUUGACAGGAGGGCUCUAGUGGACUGUCAUAAAUUAGUUUGAUUUCAGCCCAUCGGGUCAGAUAUCCUUGUAGGUCUAUAAUUCUGGAUAAUGCUGUCAAAUAAUUCUUUAUAAAAGAAAUUAAAAAGCAAAAAUUGUCUAUGCCUAACAAAGUGGCGCGCGCAAAUCAUAAUGGUUGCCAUUACAGCUCAAAGAAAACGCUUUACAGGGUAUUGGCACAGUCUGCUCAAAACAUUUCUUUCCUCUAAAUACCGAAAGAACUGUUGACAUAUGAUUCAUAGUUAGUAUUUUAUAUAUGAUUGUUUACAUAGUCCUACGCUAGAAUAAGUUGAUAUACGUUGUAAAACAUGGCUGUGUUAAUAUCAAAAAGCAUAUUUAUAUUAAUAUUAUAUCGACCAUGAAUACCUCUUUAUAUGAAGACUGUAUACUAAAAGCACAUGCAUUUAUUUUAGAUGUAAGAAUUAUCCACCAAUCUUAAUUUGAAUUACUAUUAAUUUGAAGGUAAGAAAAAUUUUCGUUUUGUUUAUACAUAAUGGUAACUAAACCAAACCUGGUUAUGUGAUUGAAAAUUAAAAAAUCAUGUGCCUUGUGGUGCAGUUACUAAGUGUUUUGUUUUUUUGUUUUUAAUGUUUGUUUUUGUGCCCUUUAAUACGUUAAGCUUUAUAGGAAUAUACUUAUUUUAAACCAAUAACUACAUAAAAGCACAGACCUGAAAUUAAGUCAGUUAUUAAAAAAAAUAACUAAAGAAAAACGUACCGCACACUACAUUUUAUUGUGUAUUUACGAAUCAUAAAUCUUGAAAUGUACUCAGUGUUGGUUUAAAAUAUGUAAAUGUAUAUGUGUAAUACAAUAUUAGUUAAGAUUAUUAUAAUGAGUUUAAUUUUAAUUCUAUAGUCCGUUUACAACCUACUAUUACUUGCUACUAAAGAGGCAGCCAUUUCCUAAUUAAUAAUUAUGCCUAUUGUUUUUAAUUAUUUAAAUAACUUCUGGGUUUUGUUAUUUUUUUACCUUAUUGAUUAAUUAUGUUGACCAUUCCGUCUUUGUUGGACUUUACGUUAUUUUAAACUUUAAUCUGUGUUUAUGUAUUCAUUAAAAUAAAAUGUAAGUAAGAGUAUAACGGUAUUAUGUUUAUAAUGAUA